UUAAAUUAAAUAAAUUUAAAUAGAACAAAAUUUACUUAUACUGAAAUUUUUUAUUAAAUAUUUAGGAAAAGAAUUUUAAAUAAAUUAGAGACAAAAAAAAAAUAAAAAAAAAAAACAGGAAAAGAAAAUGGAAAAUUUAGCUUUUGAAGACAUUGAAUUAUCAAAUUCUAAAGAAAAAAAUGAAAAAGAUAUUGAAAUAAUAACAAAUGGACACGAAAAAAAUGGUGAUAUAAUUGAAAUAAAAAGCUAUAGUUUUGAAGAAGCUAUUACACUAACAGGAAGUGGAAAAUUUCAUAGACUAUUGUUAUUAACAUCUGGAUUAUGUUUUAUGGCUACUAUGGUUGAAAUAAUGGGUGUAAGUUUAGUUAUAGAAUUAGCAAAAUGUGAUAUGGAUUUUACAAUAUAUGAACAAGGAAUUUUAGCUUCAUCCGGAUUUUUAGGUGUUGUAUGUAGUUCACAUGCACUUGGAUUUCUCGCAGAUACUGUGGGAAGAUCAAAAAUUUUGAAAUUUGCAUUAAUAUUUAGUAUUAUAUCAUCAGCUGCAUCAGUAUUUUCUACUACAGUAUGGAUGCUUAUAAUACUUAGAUUUUUAGUAGGAUUUUUUAUAUCUGGAUGUCAAGCAUGUGUUUUCAGUUAUAUGGGAGAAUUUCAUGGGAAAAAAACACGUUUAAGAAAUGUAACAAUGCUUUCAUGUUUUCUACCACUUGGAUUAGUAGUUCUUCCAGCUUUGGCUACUAUAAUUCUACCGAUGAAAUUAGAAUUAUAUUUAGGAUCAAUGAAAUUUUCAUCAUGGCGUUUUUUAACUCUAUGCAAUGCAAUUCCAACUGUUUUAGCAUUAAUAGGUGUUCUUUGUUUUCCUGAAAGUCCAAAAUAUCUUUUAGCACAAGGUCGACAUGAUGAGGCUAUCGAGGUAAUGAAAAAAUGUUAUAAAAUGAAUACAAAUAUGGAUCCAAGUACAUAUCCUGUUGAAAAAGUUUAUUUAGAUGUUGUUGGAGCCAAUUUUAGUAAUGUUAAAACAGUUUGUGAUGCUUUAAAAUUAAUUUGGAGUCAAACUGUACCACUGUUCAAUAGAGAAAGGAUUUUUCAUACAUUAAAUAUAUUUUUUAUUAUGUUUAAUAUAUUUAUGAUCGCACAAGGAACAUUUAUGUGGUUUCCAGUUAUGUUAAAUGCAAUGGUACAUUAUGCUGAUACCGAUUUUACAAUUUGUGAAUCCGUAAGAGAAUUGAAAAAAGUAACAGAAACAAUGAAUUAUAAUGUGACAACAGAUAUUGAUGAAUUAGAAAUGGCAUGUGAAGAUAAUAUUGAUAUUUAUAUGUAUCAAGUUUUAAUAAUGAUGGGUAUUGCAUACACAAUAUUAUAUUUAAUUUUCUCAUGGGUGAUCGUUUAUACAGGAAAAAGACGUUUAAUAAUUAUAUUUUUAACGAUAGCAGGAGCUGGAUCAAUAGCAUUAUAUUGGACAAAUAUAUUUUAUGUAAAUUUAAUAUUAAUAACAUUAACAAUGGCUGUUGGUAAUUGUGGUGGUAUUACAAAUACAAUUUCAAUGGAAUAUUAUCCAACAAAUAUAAAUGCAAUGGGAAUGUGUCUAAUAAUGAUGAUUGGUAGAAUUGGUGCAAUAGUCGGUAGUAAUAUUAUUGGAUUAAUUUUGAAUUCAAAUUGUGAAUUUUUAUACAUGAUGUAUGGUGCUCUCAUUAUUUUAAUGAUACCAUUAGCAUUUUUAUUACCAAAUACAAAUAAAACAUAAUUAUACAA